GGUAAGAACCAGCCCCAUCGACCAUGCCGGAAGUUGUGGAAUCGAAUCGGACGUCCGCGGGGCACGAAGACGACCAUACGCCAGGUGGCAACCCGGAACCGCAUCCAAUGAUUAAGUUCAUUGAGCUGCAGGAUAAACAGAACAACGCAGCGGAAGUACAAAUUCCAAUUCCGUACGGGAAGGUGUCCGGAAAAUGGUAUGGUCCCCAGAACGUUCGCCCCAUUUUGUGCGUCCACGGGUGGCUCGAUAAUUGCGGUACGUUCGAUCGGCUGCUCCCGCUGUUGCCGGAAGAAAUUAGUUUCCUCGCCAUCGAUCUGCCGGGCCACGGGUAUUCGUCACGCGUUCCGGACGGUAUGAGCUACUACCAGCUCGAUUGCAUUCCAUUGUUGCUGUACAUUAUGCGCGAGUACGGCUGGUCAAAGGUGUCCCUGAUGGGCCACUCGAUGGGCGCGAUCAUUUGCUACAUCUUUGCGGCGCUCUUUCCGGACAAGGUGGACAUGGUGAUCGGACUCGACGCCCUGAAGCCUCUGAGCUUCCACCCGGACCGGUUCUCGGUGCGCAUGAGCAAACAGGUGCAGAAGUUCAUCGAAGCGGACACGCGCAACCGGGAAAAGUCGGAACCACCGUCGUACGCGUACGAAGAGAUGGUGGACCGGCUGUACGAGGGCACGGCGGCUUCGGUUACGCGCGAAACCUGCCCCUAUCUGCUGCAGCGCAACAUCAAACCAUCGCGCAAGUUCCCCGGGAAGUACUAUUUCGAUCGGGACAAUCGAAUGAAGUACAACGUGAUCCCCGGAUGGGCGGACAGUAUUAACGUCGAGCUGGCGAAGCGCAUCACGGCCCCGUUCCUCACGAUCAAGGCUCACGAUUCGCCGUACGCGGGUUCGCGGGAAGGCUUCGAGAAGAUCGUAGCGGUGCUCAGGGAAUCGAACCCAAGGUACGAGGUGAAGUUCGUGAAAGGAUCACAUCACGUGCACCUGACCGAACCGGAGAACGUGGUCCCGUUGGUGGUAGAAUUUUUGCGCAAAUACUGGAACAAGGAACCGGAAAUUGUGCACAAACUGUGAACCCGUGGUAGCGGCGCUUGGAUAGUGUAACCGGGAUUAGGAUUUACUUAACGUUAUUACAGGAACAAAUGGAAAUAAAU